UGUUUCCGCUGAGCCCCGACGGGAACGCCUCCAUUCAUCUGUCGAUGGUGGCGUAGGUGGCUUCCCUGUCUCGGCGACUGUCAAAGUGCUGCCGUGAGCACUGGGGCUCGUGGAUCUUUUCCAGCUAUGGGUUUCUCCAGAUAUAUGCCCAGGAGUGGGACUGCGGGAUCAUAUGGUAACUCUAUUUUAGUUUUUAAAGAGAUCUCCAUACUGUUCUCCAGCAAUGUACUGCACCAAUGUACAUGCUCACCAACAGUGUAAGAGGGUCCCCUUUUGUCUGCACCCACUCCAGCACCUGUAGUUUGUGGACUUUUUGAUGGCCAUUCUGACAAGUGGGAGGUGGUACCUCACUGUCAUUUUGAAUUGCAUUUCUCUAAUGCUGCGUGGUGUUAGAGCAUCUUUUCAUGUACCUCUUGGUCAUUCCUUUGGGCCAUCUGUAUGCGUCAGGUAACUUUUAUUUUGGCCACGCCUGGGCCAGGGAUGGAACCUGUGCCGCAGCAGUGACCCGAGCCUCUGCCGUAACAAUGCCAGAUCGCUGACCCGCUGUGCCUCGAGGGAACACGUGUGAUUUUUUAGAGAUUCUUCCAAUUGCAGGGCUCGACCAGGAGGCGGCGCAUGCCUUGUCGCUGGAUGGUCCAAGCAGGGCCUGAGGGACCCUGACUGGGUGCUGGUGGGAGCCUUCCCUCCGCUCUUGUGUGCUGAGAUUUGGGCUGCGUCUUAAAGCCACGUGGGAUUGCAGGGACCUUGAGCACGGAGGCCAGGAUACAGCGUCGCGUCCGCAGUCUGACCCCUGGAGCCUGGGGGUGAUGGGGGGUUGAGUUCUGUCCUCCCCAGCCACCUCAGCCUAGGAGCUCACUCCUGAAAGGCUGUGUGACCCUGGGUAAGUGAUUCCGUCAUUCUGAGCUUCAGUUUCCUCAUCAGGAAAUUGGAAGAAUGGUAUCAUGUUGUUAUAAGGGAUUAAGUGAAUUAAUUGGCGCUCUUGGCAGAGUGGCAGGUGGAAGGCGCCAGAUUAAUGCUGAUGACUCUGCUGCUUCCUCUGGAGGGUCCCGGCCAUCUGAGAGGCCCCUGAGGGAGGGGACCUGGAACUCCUCCCCUGUUCCCCCAAACCGCUCCUCCCCCCCCGGCGACCCAUCUAGUCACUGCUUUCUUGGCACUGGGAGUGUGUACCCAAGCCUUGCCCGGGGUUCCUCCCGGAUGUUGCCGAAACCUGAGGCCCAGAGCCUCGGGACUGGGCACGGGUGUCCAGCUCCAUUCGGAGGCACCUCCCCGUGACCUGUCAUGCCCCACCUGAAGGUCAUGUGUUAGCCGCCUCUCUAAAAGCUCCCAGCCCCGGCUGUGCAGGUGCCCCGAGCUCGCUGGGUACCACGAGGCUGUGCCCAGGUGCCGAGGUGGCAGGGAAGCGGGCUCCGGAGACUCUGGGCUCUGGACGCUUUGUCACCCUUCGGGACUCUCCAGGUCCAGCCCCCGGGCUGGCCUCACUCCUGUCUCUGCUGCUGAAAUCACCUGGUCUGGCUCAGGAGCUGCCCUGCCCGGAGCUGGCCUGGGGGCGAGCCAGGGUCCCCCCACCCCCGGGAUGACUGCGGCCGGCCGUGCCAACCCCUACAGCAUCGUGUCGUCGGAGGAGGACGGGCUGCACCUGGUCACCAUGUCGGGCGCCAACGGCUUUGGCAACGGCAAGGUGCACACGCGGCGCAGGUGCCGGAACCGCUUCGUGAAGAAGAACGGCCAGUGCAACAUCGAGUUCGCCAACAUGGACGAGAAGUCGCAGCGCUACCUGGCCGACAUGUUCACCACCUGCGUGGACAUCCGCUGGCGCUACAUGCUGCUCAUCUUCUCGCUGGCCUUCCUUGCCUCCUGGCUGCUGUUCGGCGUCAUCUUCUGGGUCAUCGCCGUGGCGCACGGGGACCUGGAGCCGGCGGAGGGCCGCGGCCGCACGCCCUGCGUGAUGCAGGUGCACGGCUUCAUGGCGGCCUUCCUCUUCUCCAUCGAGACGCAGACCACCAUCGGCUACGGGCUGCGCUGCGUGACGGAGGAGUGCCCCGUGGCCGUGUUCAUGGUGGUGGCGCAGUCCAUCGUGGGCUGCAUCAUCGACUCCUUCAUGAUUGGGGCCAUCAUGGCCAAGAUGGCCCGGCCCAAGAAGCGGGCGCAGACGCUGCUCUUCAGCCACAACGCGGUGGUGGCGCUGCGGGACGGCAAGCUCUGCCUCAUGUGGCGCGUGGGCAACCUGCGCAAGAGCCACAUCGUGGAGGCGCACGUGCGGGCCCAGCUCAUCAAGCCCAGGGUCACGGAGGAGGGGGAGUACAUCCCGCUGGACCAGAUCGACAUCGACGUCGGCUUCGACAAGGGCCUGGACCGCAUCUUCCUGGUGUCGCCCAUCACCAUCCUGCACGAGAUCGACGAGGCCAGCCCGCUGUUCGGCAUCAGCCGGCAGGACCUGGAGACGGACGACUUCGAGAUCGUGGUCAUCCUGGAGGGCAUGGUGGAGGCCACGGCCAUGACCACGCAGGCCCGCAGCUCCUACCUGGCCAACGAGAUCCUGUGGGGCCACCGCUUCGAGCCCGUGCUCUUCGAGGAGAAGAACCAGUACAAGAUCGACUACUCGCACUUCCACAAGACCUACGAGGUGCCGUCCACGCCCCGCUGCAGCGCCAAGGACCUGGUGGAGAACAAGUUCCUGCUGCCCAGCGCCAACUCCUUCUGCUACGAGAACGAGCUGGCCUUCCUGAGCCGCGAGGAGGAGGAGGACGAGGCGGACGCCGACCCGCACAGCCACAGCCCCCAGGCCAGGCAUGACUUCGACAGGCCCCAGGCCGGUGGCGCCACCCUCGAGCAGCGGCCCUACAGGCGGGAGUCAGAGAUCUGAGCCACGUCGGCCGAGGCGCAGCAUCCUUCCCGCCCGGGGGAGGCCCCGUGUCCUGCCAGGGCCCCGGGCCCGCGCAGAGGGGGCUUGGGCCCUGGUCGCAGACUCAGUAGCGUUUUAGAUGUCGUACGCUUCUUCACGGUGGCCUCGGAAGGUUGGCAGGAGAGUGGGCAGGCGGAGCGGCCUCAGGGGCCGGAGCGGGCACACGGGCAGGGAGGCGGCCCCCUGGGGGCCGGGCCGCAGGAGCCAGGGGCUUCCGCCUGAGUCGGAGCCGCGGAAGCGGCUCGGCAGCCGCCCAGCCUCUGUGGGUGCAGGCCAGCAGGCUGCGUUGCGCCUCACUGGUUUUUAACUUGGGGAGAAACACCGGGUUUGGCUUUUCUCAACCCUUAGUUUGAGUGAGACUGUUUACAAAACAAAACAAUUAACAUGUGAUUGAAAAAUUUUUAUAAUUCAUGGGGGGUGGGGUGGGGAGGACGAUUAGAGUUCCAUUAGUCUGCUAGGAUGCAAGCAGAAGGAGCCCAAGCCUGGCCUGGCCUCCUCGGUGAAGGCCGCGUGUGCCAGGGGCGAGGUUCUCUAGGCCCACAGGGUGAACGGGCUUCCGUUUGGGAUGGCGAACCAAGGCCGUGUUAACAAUCGAUCGUAAUAAAAGCUUUCCAGUGUUGCCGGGGUGGCGGGGGUGGGGAGAGGGCCAGGAAAAAACCAGCCUGAGCUUUUGAAGUUUGACUCUGUACCUGCGGGGUGCGUCUCCGGGCCGGGUUGGGACCUGCCUGCCACGGAGGCUCUGCUGUCCCCACACCAACCAGUCUCCCGGGUUGCUUCUCUCUCCUUCUCUGCCGGCAGCCUCCACGCCUUCCACGGAGCGGGGGCAGUUGCAAACGUAGGAGAGGGGGGCUCCCUGGGAAGGGGAGCCGGGCCCCCGACUCCAAGGAAGGAGGUCAGCCCCGUCCCCACGGGGCCCCAGGGGGAGUCGUGCCUUAGAGACCCCGGGUGGUCCAGUUCCACUUGUCUGUUUUUAUGGGACUCACCCGUCCUCCCCGCUGCCCCUGACCCCCCCCCCCCGCCACGAAGUCCCUGCCAGCUCCACUGUCUGCAGACGCCGGGUCGACCUGGCACCUGCACCCCCCCUGCCCCCCAAGGUGGCAGCACAGGUGAGCCCGGGGGGGUGCCCACCAGGCUGCACCCCGCUGCCGAAUGCAGAGGGACCUCCUAGGAAAGUCCACUUUCAUCCUUGUCAGCCACACGUCCAGGCACCUUGAUCAGGAAGGGGCUGGGGGCCUCUCAUUUGUCACUGGCUUGUGGCUCUGCGGGGCUAAGAGCUGCCCAGGGCAGGCCUGUUCCUGGCGAGGGAAGCGGCUGGCGGGAGCCAGGCCCCAGGACGGAGUAGACUGCCCUCCUCACGAGCGGCCAGGCGGGUCAGGAGUUGGAAAGCCCAGUCCCCAGCCUGCCUACCUAGGCUGUUCCAGGACAGCUCACCACCAAAGGGGCGGGGCUCCAGCCCGGGCGGGAGACGGAGGCUGCGUGCAGGUGGGUGAGGCCCACGGAGAGGCGGGGACCUGCGGUGGUGGGGCCUGCGACCUCUUCCCCCUUCCUCUUCUCCUGCAGCAGCUGGAGGCCCGGCCCUGAGGUCUGAGCCUGGCUCUCCACUCCCACCCAGAGACACGCCUGACCCACACCCCGCCCUAGCCUCAGACCCCACUCUCAUUUCUGGUCCAGGAGGAUCUCCCCGAGGCAGGUGGGGGCAGCGCUUUCUUCUCAGGAUCUGCUGGAGGGGCCUUCGCUCCCUCCGCACCCUGAGCCCGCUGGCUUUCUCACUCAGCCUUAGUCCUGGGGGGUGAUGUGGAGUCCCUGUGGGUCACCCCCACCCCCCACCCCCACCCCCCACCCAGAUCUCAGGCUGAGCCGGGAGGGGAGGAGGCAGUCUGGUCCCUCGGGGCGGGCACACGGGCCUGGCGGCCCAACCCCCGACUCAGCCCAUCCCGGGUAGAGCCCUGGACCCCCCAAGGUCCUGGCCGACCCGGGGGCCUGGUGCUCCUCCUCUCGGGCCUGCCUGCCUCCAGGCCCCGUGCCUGACGGCUUGGGCCUCGGUCCCUGCAGGAGAGCCAUCCCAAGCUGCCUUUUACUUCUCACCAAAGGCAGAUGCUACGUUUUCGAACUCUGCUGCCCUCUUUUUCCCUCCUCUGUAUUUUAUUUAUUUAUUGAUUGAUUGAUUGCUUCUGCUAAAGACCAAAAUAGUCUCCCUCUUUAGUGCCCUUGAACCGGGAGGGCGGAUGGGAGGGGCUGUGUGUGCAGAGGGAGGAUCACGUGGUCCCUGGGGCGGUGUGCCUGUGUGUGCAGCGUGGGGCCCACGCUCACCCAGCGAGCGUGCGGCGUGCCGCGUGCUGCGUGUGUGCCAAGCGCGCGUGUACGUGAUACGUGACCGGUGCGCUGUGCAGGUGGGUGUGUGCCUGCCCCGCCCCCGCCCCCGCCCCCCGCGGUGGUAUUUCCGGGAAGUUUCCUGCCGGCCUGGGCCCGGUGGUGCAGAGGCUGGAGUGGCCCAGGGCCCUCUGCCCCGAAACACCGAGCUGCUUCCGCGGAGAGGGGCCACGGGGCAAGCGUGUGUGUGCCCCGAGGCGUGACUUCCCACGUGUCUGCGUGUGAGUGAACCGGUCCCGUGUGGCUUUGCCUGUCUGUGCAGGAUCGUGUGAGGUCAUCGUACAGGAGUGGACACGUGUCGUGCAGGUGUGUGCACACGGCGACCUGCGUCUGUGAGUCUGCGCUGAUGGCACCUGAGCAUGAUACGUACGUGUGGGGACACACGCACUCACACGUUCCAGGUGUAUCUACCUGUAGGUCUGUGUGCACUCGCUGUAUACUCAGGCUUUUAAAUGUUUACGAGGCUGGAGGCUGGCACGCCGCACUCAGGAUGGACCCCGGCCGUGGACGUGGGCACAGCUGGACCUGGUGGUCCCACCAGCCUCUGCCUUGGUGAUGUCCACGUGGGUGGGUACGCAUGCUGCACGUGUGGCAGGGUGAGGCUUCUGUGUCCUGGGCACGAGGUGACACCUACACGUGUGCAAAGGUGAGCACGUGCACACGAGUGCAUGUAGGAGGCCCGUGUACACGCGUGUGGUGCCUGCGUGCAGCAGCCGGCCCGGGCUGCAGGCUGUGUGCCUGGCUUCGUGAACCUGUGCGGGUCCCGGAGCGUGUGAGCAUGAAUGUCCGUGGGGGGUGGCGUGUCCACGUGCAGGCCCACGCGGGUCGCUCAGAGCCCGGUCCCCCGCCCCGUCCCCCCUGGUGCUGUGCCGCCCGGUCCCCGCCCGCCCGCCCGAGGGCCCCGGAGGGGGGUGGGGGGCCUGGUGGGAAGGAGGCUCCUGCACAAGGGGUGUCUGCCUGUGUGAGGUCACGUAGACGUCGACUCUAUUUUAAACGGUGAAAUGAAAUCUCAUGUUAUUUUCCAAUACGUAGCAGUAUCGAAAGACAUAGGCCACGAGGCUAGACCGCAUUAAAUGCAUUUGACCUCUUUGA